AUGACAAUGAGGAAUUUCAUCACCUGUUUUUUGGCAAUCGUUAUGAUGCUCCUCUUUUUGCAAAACCACCCAGUUGCUUCAUUAAGUCCUAACAUGCAGAAAAUUGCAUUAUUCAAGUUUAGGCAAAGCUUGACAAUUAGUACUCCUAGAUAUUGCUACUAUGAAUCUUACAAUGAUUACUACUCCAGUCCUUCACACCCAAAGACGAUGAAUUGGAGCAUGAGUUCUGAUCACUGCACAUGGGAGGGAGUUAGCUGUGAACACAAGACAGGGGAAGUAAUCGGACUGGAUUUAAGUUGCAGCCAGCUGGAAGGAGCUAUACUUCCUAACAGCACCCUCUUUCAACUCGCUCAUCUCCAAUUCCUUAACCUUUUCGGAAACAAUUUUACACUCACCAAUCAAUUCCCUCAAGAAUUUGGUUUCUUUGCAAAAGGUUUGACGCAUCUCAACCUCUCUUAUACUAGCAUCUCUGGGAGAGUUCCCUCAGGAAUCUCUCAUUUGUAUAAACUGGUCUCACUUGAUCUCAGUCACUACUAUGCUGGUAUGCAACUUAAAGAUGAAGUGUUUAAGUUGCUAUUACAGAAUUUAACUCUACUUAGAGUGCUUAAUCUUCAAGAGGUAAACAUUUCUACUAUUUUGCCCUUUAAUAUCUCUACUUCUUUGAGAGUUCUUAAUCUUAGGAAUACUGAUUUGCAUGGAGUAGUACCCCAAGAGGUUUUCAACCUUCCCAAAUUGGAAGUGCUUGAUUUAUCAUCUAAUAAUGACCUCACAACUACAUUACCCAAAGCUAAGUGGGGAAGUAGUGCUACUCUCCAACACCUUUAUCUUAGGGACAUGAACAUAUAUGGAGGUAUACCUGAUUCAGUAGGCUUUUUGGAGUUGUUAGCCACUUUGGAUAUCGCUGUUUGUAAUUUGUCUGGCCUGAUACCAAGAUCCGUUAAGUACCUUGGUCAACUUACUCACUUGGACCUUAGUUUCAAUAAUCUCAAUGGCCCGAUUCCAACAGAUUUAGCAAACCUAACAAACCUAAGACUUCUCACCCUUUCUGACAACAAUUUCAGUGGUCCUUUCCCCUCUUUGGUUGCUCACACUAGAAAACUCACUGAACUAGAUUUGAGCAUUAAUGGCUUCACCGGAUCCCUACCCCAUUGGUUAUUUGAUCAUCCAUCAUUAGAAACCUUAUAUAUUAGAUAUAAUGGGUUCACGGGUAAACUACAUGAAUUUAAUUCAUCCAAGUCACAUCUGGAAGAAUUUGAUUGUAGCGGCAAUCAACUCAAUGGAACCAUUCCACAAUCAUUUCUUCAACUUGUGAACCUCUUUUGGUUAAGUUUUGCAUCAAACAAUUUCAGUGGUGUUUUGGAUUUUAAAAAGUUUUCACGCUUUGAAAACCUCCAAAUUCUUGAUCUUUCUCAUAACAAUUUAUCAGUGAGAAACAUGGGUAUGUCCACACUCCCUCCUGAUCUUCAUCACUUGGGAUUGUCAUCCUGCAAUUUGAAAGAGUUUCCGCAUCUCUCUGGAGAAACACGGUUCUUCAGCUUCAGCCAUAUAGAUUUAUCAAACAAUCAAAUCGACAGGGAAAUACCUCAUUGGAUUGGGUUGCAGAGUUGGCAAGAAAACUCCUAUCUGAAUCUUUCUCACAAUAGACUAACAGGUGGUCUUGAUCAACUACCUCAGAAUAAUAUUCAGUAUCUUGAUCUACAGUUUAAUUUACUCAAUGGAUCAUUGCCCUCCUUGAUCUGUGAUUUUAGCUAUCUUGAUGUUCUGAAUUUGUCUCACAACAAUCUGAGUGGUGUGCUCCCCAUUUGCACAACAAAUUUGACUAACCUUUCGGUGUUUGAUGUGCGAAUGAAUAACAUCCAGGGAACCAUUCCAGCAGCCUUAUCAAAUUUCCGCCAUCUGGAAACACUAAAUUUGAAUGGAAAUAAAUUAGCUGGAAGAAUUCCAUCUUCUUUUGCUGAGUUUGAAUACCUGAAAGUUCUUGAUCUUGGAAACAAUCAAAUAAAUGACACAUUCCCGCAGUUUUUAGAAGCUCUUCCACAUCUCCAAGUUCUUGUUCUGAGAUUGAACAAGUUUCAUGGUGUCAUAAACAAGAGUUCUAAGAAUGAACACCCAUUUCCUAGCUUGAAAAUCAUUGAUUUGUCACACAACGAGUUUUCGGGUCCACUGCCAGCAACAUAUUUCAAAAACUUCAAUGCUAUGAUGAAUGGUGGUGUCAAUGAAACAAAGCCUACAUAUAUGGGGAAUUUCUUUUACAGUGAUUCAACGAAUCUAGUAAUAAAAGGGGUCGAAAGGGAGUUUGUCAGAAUUUUAAUUGUGUUCACAACCAUUGAUCUAUCAAGAAACAAUUUCAAAGAGGAGAUUCCGGGGUACAUUGGAAAUCUAGUCUCACUAAGGUACCUCAAUUUAUCAUAUAAUCAACUCACAGGUCAUAUACCAUCUUCACUUGGAAAAUUGACGGUGUUGGAGUCACUAGACCUCUCGUAUAACCAACUUGAAGGAGAAAUUCCUCGGCAGCUCACUAGUUUAUAUUCACUUGCACGUCUAAAUUUGUCUGGCAACCAACUUAGCGGUCAUAUACCAGAAGGGUCGCAAUUCAAUACAUUUGAGAAUGAUAGCUAUGUUGGUAACUUGGGGCUGUGCGGACAUCCUUUGUCCAAAAUGUGUGAAAAUGAUAUUGGAACCCAAGAAGAUCAAGAUGAUGAUUAUUUUUUCAAUGGUUUUACUUGGGAAGCUGUGGUGACUGGAUAUGGGUGCGGAGUGGUUCCUGCAUUUGUUAUUGGCUACUUGAUGUUGCAUGCAGGAAAACCAAAAUGGUUUGCUGGAAUAAUUGCCAGGGAAUUGGGUCUCAAGAUUCGGAGGAUGGAGAUUAAAUGGCGAUGA